CCCCACGGUUCGGGUGGCAUGUCCGGCCAAACACAGACACCUGCCAACAGCAACAUUGGCCAUGACGCGCCCAAGGCAUUUGACGCCGACGGAUCCAUUGGCAAGCAAUUCACCGAGGCCGGUGCUAUUGGUGGUACAGCACAGAAGGUGGGCGGACCUUUUGAUAAAGAGGGUGCUAUUGGGAAACAAUUCACGGCCGAGGGGGGCAUUGGUGGGAUGGUGCAGGAUAAGAUGGGCGGGCAGACGAAGAAGAGUAAUUGAUUCUUUUGAAUAUUGACACGGUAAUCUCUACUGUGAUUCGUGAAUAUCAUGUGUUUCCACUCUUUUAU